CAUAACGUGUGGAUCAAUCUCCUCGAGUUCUCAUGCAUUAUCGUAGUUUUUGCUUGGGCACGUAAUAUUUCGUGAGUCGUCAGUAACCUGAGUUGGCGUAAUACACAGUCGUCUAGAGAACGAAUGUUAUUUGAAAAGUGUUUUCCGAGACAAUAUGGAGGAAAUGUUAAUCGAAAAAGUUAGGAGUCGAGUUUUUCUUUAUGACCCGAAGUCACCGGAUUAUAGAGACCAUGAAAAGAGAACUAAUGCAUGGGAAGAGAUUGGGGCGGAACUAAAAAUGAAGCCUAAAAAUGCGAAAGAGACAUGGGAAAAAUUACGGAGAUGUUUCACGAAUGCACUGAAUCGACGACGAAAUAAGAACAAUGGAGAAGGAACGAAGAAAAUGCACCCUUGGAAGUAUGAGAAAGAAAUGUCUUUUCUGUUGCCUUCCAUAGAUACUAGAAAUACUCAAAACAAUCUUUUGAUAAAAGAAAUUCAAAAAGAAUCGCUUGUAAAAUUUUUCGAUGAGAUAGGAACAAGAAAAAGCGAUAAUAACAAUUUAGUUGAUACUAGGAAUAUGCUCAAGGAUGAAAUUCUAUCAAAUAAAAAUUCACAAGAUGAACGGAAUGAAAAUGAAUUUUACAAUAUUCAAAGUGAAACAGAUAUGAACAGUCCAAGCGACAGUAGUAAAAAAAGAAAGCGACAAACGGGAGAUACCUCUAUUAUCCAAACGAUAAAAAUUAAGAAAGAAAAACAAAACAGACAUGACGAUAAGACAUUUUUAAGCCGCGAUUUAGAUGAGACGGACAUGUUUUUCUUGAGCUUGGCCAAAACUACGAAGAGACUUCCUAGUAUAGAGCAGGCUAAAGUAAAACUCAUAGUUAGCCAGACAGUCUUGCAAGCGCAAAUUGCUAUUGGUGAGCAAGAGUUUCGGUCAUCUUCUGUUUCUCCCGUAUCCUACAUAUCAACUCACAGUGAAGCAUCAAACUAAUUAAAUCUGUUUGAUACUUCAAGAAAAUGGUCGAUGAAUAAUGUAAAACUUGAAUAAUUAAUUUUUUUUUUUAAAUAAUAAAUUUUCUUUAUACUCUUUCUCAUACUCUCUUGCUUUUUAUAUCGAGUUUUGAUCUAUAGACAAUUAGAAAAUUAAUUCAAGAUCAGUAUCUCACACGUUGAAAAUUCAACAUUACAUCCCAAAAACAAAAAUCCAAGGAAUGUGCUCUUAAGAAAACAAAAACCGUUUUAUCGGCGAAUAAGGCAACAGUUUUUUGGGAUUCUAAAGCCGCGUUUACACCGGAGUUAAUAACACAAGUUUUUAACAUUUUUGUUAUUAACUGAUGUUAAUAACAAAAGUCAUUAACAUAUGUUAAUAACAUUUUCUUUUGGCUGCUAGUUUUGUUAUCAACAAAAAUUAAAAACUCCGCCAUUAUCAACGCUCAAGCACAGCCAGCAGUUCUA